CAUAGGCCCGAGUUAUGACUAUGCUAUGCCCAUAACAUAAGUGCCACUAACUAAUCCGGAAGAGGCAUAACUGCAGGAACGACCCCAAUCCGGACUAGCGCCGAUCGGCCUCCUCAUCGGCCUUUCGGAAUCCCUCUUGCAUCAUCUCGACGCUUUCAUCUGUCCAUCCCCCCUUCUUCCCUGCGCUCAACAGCAUGAUGUAUCGGCCCCUGCGCCAGUGUGAUCACCGAGUCUAGUUCCUUCCAACCUCCUCGACGACAAAACGCGUCUGCUGAAUGUCUUUGUGGAUCUCGCCCAGGCAGAGGUUCCAUCGCGCUCUUCUUCCCGUCCAACAUGUCGCCCACUACCAUGUCCCCCAGAAUUCUGGCUCCCAAUUUUGCCAGGUUCGCCACUUGUCCUCGGUGCGGAUAAUCCAAGUGGCAAACCCGUCGCCAAUCCAUACCCGCUGCGGCUCCCUACCUUUGCACGCCUCGAGUGUCACCACACAUCCCUGCCGAUCAUCCAGACCUGUGACGGCAUCUGUGGCCUUUACCCCUUCAAGGAUACCAGCAGGUUCGCGCGCUGUCUCAAACGUUACACAGGCCGCAAUGGCGAUCGAUGAGAUCUUGCAAGACGGGGUGGAUGGCAACGUCCUUCAUGAGGUACAAGAUGUCGAUGUCAAAGAGGAACCGAAAAUCGGUGCAGCAAUGGAUCCAGAGUCGGAUGAAGAUGUACCGGUUGCGGCUGAGGAGCUUCAGGAUGCGCUGUCACGGCCUCCGCCCGUCCAUAGCAGCUAUCUGCCCCUCCCGUGGAAAGGGAGAUUGGGAUACGCUUGCUUGAAUACGUAUCUACGGUACUCGAACCCGCCCGUUUUCUGUUCCCGGACCUGUCGUAUCGCCUCCAUCCUUGAAAAUCGUCAUCCCCUCUUGGAUCCUUCGCAGCCUCCUCAUCCGACCAAGAACCGCCCCGAUCGAAAUCAGCCUCCGGAUGUCGCACGCGGUCAAUCGUAUGUUGAGGCUCUGGGCCUUACCAAUGCUCGGGAUCUCGUGAAAAUGCUGCGUUGGAAUGAUCGCUACGGAAUCAAAUUCAUGCGAUUGAGCAGCGAAAUGUUUCCGUUUGCGAGUCAUAAAGAAUACGGCUAUAAGCUGGCUCCGUUUGCUUCGGAGGUGCUGGCAGAGGCUGGUCGUGUCAUCGCUGAGCUCGGCCAUCGGGUGAGCGUGCAUCCCGGUCAGUUCACUCAGCUGGGGUCCCCGAAGGACGAAGUUGUGGAGAGCUCCAUCCGAGAUUUGGAAUAUCACUCGGAGAUGCUUCAGCUGCUUCAGCUGCCACCUCAACAGGAUCGCGAUGCUGUCAUGAUUCUGCAUAUGGGCGGCGUGUUUGGCGACAAAGAAGCUACGCUUGAUCGGUUUAGAGAGAACUACCGAGGUCUCUCACAGGACGUCAAAAAUCGGCUUGUUCUGGAGAACGAUGAUGUCAGCUGGUCGGUGCACGAUCUUCUGCCCAUCUGCGAAGAGUUGAGUAUUCCCCUGGUACUCGACUUUCAUCAUCAUAAUAUCAUCUUUGAUUCGAGUCAAGUCCGCGAAGGCACGCAGGACAUCAUGCCCCUGUUUGAUCGAAUCAAGGCGACCUGGACCCGGAAGAGCAUUACGCAGAAAAUGCAUUAUUCCGAGCCGACUCCGUCUGCUAUUACGAACCGUCAACGUCGAAAGCACAGCCCUCGGGUAUCCACUCUGCCACCUUGUGAUCCUACCAUGGACUUGAUGAUCGAGGCCAAGGAUAAAGAGCAGGCUGUUUUCGAGUUGAUGCGGACUUUUAAGCUGCCCGGUCACGAUCUCUUCAACGACAUAAUACCCCAUGUGCGGAAUGAUGAAAACAAACCAUUCAAGCCGCCGAGAAAGUCCAAGAAGAAUGGCGGCUUCGUUGAUCUGGAAGGCCAGAUUCCACCUGCUCAGACCGUUUCGGAAGAAGACGCGGGCAUGGGUGGUCCCGACGGAAGGGUUUAUUGGCCCCCUGGCAUGGAGGAAUGGCUUCGACCAAAGAAGAUCGUUCGUACCCCAGCUGCCCGGAGUCCCCGCCGUACGCCCGCGAAGAAGGCAACGAGCGAAAAUGGAGACACGGUAAAGCAAGAUGGUGAACCGGAUGGCGAUGUGCUCGCUACUCCGGUCUCCAAGACUACUCGAGGAGUGAAGAGGGCUUCCAGUGUGAAGAAGCCAGCCUCCAGGAAACGGAAGGCUUCUCCAGCGAUCUCUACUCCGUCUGCCUCGGAGACCGAGGAACCCGAGAUUCCAGAAAUGCCAGCCCUUAAGCCAUCACAGAGCAAUGGGGUUCGUCGCAGUCGACGAGCCAAGAAAGUAGAUUAUGCUGAAGAUGCAGAUUCAGCUUAACUUACUGCUUGUGUCCCUGUAUAAUAUACCUGUUUAGACGCCUUUUAUACUCCUUUCUAGGUUAUAGAGCUAUGGCGCGGGUUAUGGUUAUAAAAUGGGUUUUGGGGUGUUUGGAUAGACUCAAUACGGGUAUAUAUAUAAGAUCUUGCAC